CUUGGAUAUACAGUGUGAUGAUGUUGGGGCAAUGAUGAAAUGAUAAAUAGACGUCCAUGUCUCCCACUGUUUUUCACUUUAUAUCCCUCUCCUCAUCACCCUUUCAGUCUUCCUCCCCCAUCCCAUCUCAAAACAAUCCCAAAUUACUAGCAUCACGAUGCAGACCUUUGGAAGCUUCCUCGUUGCAUUCCUGUCGGCCUCCCUGGCUGCUGGAACGCCUGUCCCCAACCCCGAGCCGAGUUCUUUUGAGCUUCACCAGACUCGCAACGCCAACUUCAAGCCCAACGGUGCCGCAGCUCUCGCGAAGGCCUACACCAAGUACGGCAAAGCUGUUCCUGCCAACAUCCAGGCUGCUGCGGAGCGUGGCCACGCCAAACAGAAGCGUGUUAGUGGUAGUGCCACCGCCAACUCCAUCUCUGGCGACCUGGAGUACACUGUUGCUGUCAAGAUUGGCACUCCUGCCCAGACUCUUCAGCUCGACUUUGAUACUGGCUCCUCUGACCUCUGGGUCUUCUCCAGCGAGACCCCCAGCUCCCAGUCCAGCGGCCACCACAUCUACAGCCCCUCCAAGAGCAGCACCUCCAAGAAGCUGAGUGGUUCUACUUGGUCCAUCACCUACGGUGACCAGUCUUCCUCCUCUGGCGACGUCUACACCGAUACUGUUACCGUCGGUCCCCUUACUGUCAAGACCCAGGCUGUCGAGUCUGCUCAAAAGGUCUCUGCCCAGUUCGCCUCUGGCAGCAACGACGGUCUCUUGGGUCUUGCUUUCAGCACCCUCAACACUGUCAAGCCUACCAAGCAAAAGACCUGGUUCGACAACAUCAAGUCUACUCUUGACUCUGAUCUCUUUGUUGCCGAUCUCCGCCACAACACUGCUGGCUCCUACACUUUCGGUGCCAUUCCCUCUGCCGCUACCAACAUUGGCUACACAACCCUUGACAAAUCUCAGGGCUUCUGGGGCUUCUCUACCACCACUGACUACGGUGAUGCCAGCGGCUCCAUUGCCGACACUGGUACCACCCUUCUUCUCGUCCCCGAUGAGAUCAUCAACAACUACUACGGCAACGUUCAGAGCGCUCGCUACGACAACAACGAGGGUGGUGUCGUGUUCGACUGCAGCGAGACCCUCCCCGAUUUCCACUUCACCGUUGGGGGCAAGACCAUCCGCAUCCCCGGUUCCUACAUCAACUACGCCCCCGACAACAGCGGUUCUUGCUUCGGUGGUAUCCAGUCCUCUAGCGGUAUCGGAAUCAACAUCUUUGGUGACAUUGCUCUCAAGGCUGCCUAUGUUGUCUUUGAUGAUGCCAACAACAGACUUGGCUGGGCCCAGAAGGUCUAAAGAUGAAUAAAUCUUGUAUAUAUCAUGAAAACCGUCAUAUAGUAUAUAAAAAGCCAAUACAGUAUAAUUUUUCACAUUGCCCUGUUUCAGCUUUCGGUUGUAUUUCUCUAUUUGGAACCUUACGUCACCUUGCCAAGGUAUAUUCAUUACACCAGUAGAUAAAAAAAGGAGCCAAAACCCCGACGGGGCUUUGUGGGAGGCCGAUCAGCGGGCCGUUGCGAACACCCACAGUGCAACGUUUCUUGGUCGUAUUUCUAAUAAAGCUGGAGUAAGCUGCCUCUAGGACUAGUUAAUGAUGACGUUCUUUCUUGUUAUUACUUGCAUGCUUAUACUAUGCAGGUGCACGUUGCUAUCACGGAAUCCGGCUGCGUCGGAACAGAUAGUCAGGCUCUGGGUUUUCUGCAAUCAAAAAAACAAAGAGGCCCCCAUCUUAUGCGAGCUCGAUGGGGGCCGGCAGUUGUAAAUCAAACAUGUGUUUGUGGAUCUCGGCCUCGGCAGCUUUGCUACAUCGAACGCCACAUUUCAAGAAAGAGUUGACGAUGAUGCUGAUUUGGGACAACCAAGGCUGUAUAUAUAGCCUGAGACAAGGCUACAUAAAGAGACGGACCAAACACAGGGAAUUUAAGGUAGUAUUACGCUAACAUAGAACAUCAC